CCAUAAGAGAAGCACAAAACCAAGAUGGCGGUUCAGGAGACAGCAUCCCAACUGUCCAUGGCUCUCAAAGUCCAAGAGUACCCCACCCUGAAGGUCCCGUACGAGACUCUGAACAAACGCUUCAGAGCAGCUCAGAAGAACAUCGAUCGGGAGACCAGUCACGUGACCAUGGUGGUGGCGGAGCUGGAGAAAACCCUGAGCAGCUUCCCAGUGGUUGACUCUGUGGUGUCACUGCUGGAUGGGGUGGUGGAGAAACUCAGCGCCCUCAAAAGGAAGGCUGCAGAGUCCAUCCAGGCAGAAGACGAGAGUGCCAAGCUGUGUAAGCGUCGCAUCGAGCACUUGAAGGAGCACAGCAGCGACCAGCCGGCCUCAGUGAACCUGUGGAAGAAGAAACGCAUGGAUCGCAUGAUGGUGGAGCAUCUGCUGCGCUGCGGCUACUACAACACAGCUGUGAAACUGGCCAGACAGAGCGGUAUAGAGGAUCUGGUGAACAUUGAAAUGUUCCUCACAGCUAAGGAGGUGGAGGAGUCUCUGGAGAGGCAGGAGACUGCCACCUGUUUAGCCUGGUGCCACGACAACAAGUCUCGCCUCCGUAAAAUGAAGAGUUGUCUUGAGUUUAGUCUGAGAAUCCAGGAGUUCAUCGAGCUCAUCAGACAAAACAAACGCAUGGAUGCAGUCAGACAUGCCAGGAAACACUUCAGCCAAGCAGAGGGUGGACAGUUGGAUGAGGUUCGGCAGGUGAUGGGGAUGUUGGCCUUCCCAUCAGAUACACACAUCUCUCCAUACAAGGAUCUUUUGGAUCCAGCCCGCUGGAAGAUGCUGAUUCAGCAGUUUCGAUAUGACAACUACAGACUGCACCAGCUUGGAAACAACUCUGUGUUCACUAUAACCCUACAGGCUGGGCUGUCUGCCAUCAAGACACCUCAGUGCUACAAGGAGGACGGUACCUCAAAGAACCCAGACUGCCCGGUUUGCAGUAAAUCUCUAAACAAGUUGGCCCAGCCGCUGCCCAUGGCCCAUUGUGCCAACUCCAGACUAGUUUGCAAGAUCUCUGGAGAGGUCAUGAAUGAAAACAACCCUCCGAUGAUGCUUCCUAAUGGAUACGUGUACGGCUACAAUUCCCUUCUGUCCAUCCGCCAAGAUGACAAAGUGGUGUGUCCCAGAACCAAAGAAGUCUUCAACUUCUCUCAGGCUGAGAAGGUCUACAUCAUGUGAUCACUCAGAUGAGCCGCGUCUGAACGUCGACCUGAUGGAAAACGAUCAACCAUCACCUGUGACCUGCCACCCGUGGAGCUGUGAUCUAGUGCCCUACCACCCUCCCCCCACACAGACCCACGCUCAAUACCCUACAAACCCCCUCCCCACCCAAUAUUCCAUGAUUGAUUCCUUUCCACCCACUCCCUCCCCCCCCACCCACACACUCUAUCACACAGAAACUGGGCUCGACUCCUUUCAGACUGUUUUAGCAGUGGCUACAAGUUGUUCGAUCUGAUUCAUUCAAGCACAUGGACUAUUAACAUCCUCAUUAUCUUACAAGCCUUCGCUCUCAAGAUUAAACACGAGAGGGAAAGGACUGAGGGGUCGGAAAAAACGACUAGAUAGAUGUUUGAUUUUACUACAACAAAUAAAAUCUUGUUGAGGUUA